AUGGCGGACAGGGAGGCAAGGGAAGUUGUUAUUUCCACGUCUUCGUCUGCAAGACUGUUACGAUGGCGAGUUGGUCCUGGCUCAGAAGUUAGAGAAGGGAGUGUUCUUUGUUUCUAUGAAAUUAUUGGUGACGGGGAUCGGGCUGGAUCUUUCAUAACUCAGCCGAAACUCAAAUCAGCCUUUACUGGUAUAGUCCGUGAAUUGCUGGUCGCUGAGGGAGAAAUCGUAGCAGCCAGGUGAGAAACGGUGGGUCAAACGCGAAUAGGAAAAGUCCCUAAAAUGCGGAUUUAAAUAUUUUUAACAGUUAGAGAAAAUCUGUCGUGGAAAAGGUCUGAGUCAUGUGCGGACAACUAAGUUCGUUGUGAUGAGUUGACAGUGGAAAGUUUGUUUUCGUUAUAAAUGUUCGAACGGUGAAGUGUUUACAGAGCUCAUCUAUUUAGGAAACGAGAGCUUCAAGGCUGCACUGCAUCAGGGCAAGUUGACAUAUUUUAGAUCUAUCUCUUUACUUGGGGUUUUCUUCCGAAUCAGCGAAGAUUUCAGUUUGUCCCAAACAUCGUGGGUCGCUGCACGUUUGUUGGUUGUGAGAAAGAGAGUAAGAUUUGUGCAUGCAACGGCUUUGUGUAAUCGGAAAACAGAUUAGGAAUGAAACAAUUUUAACUUUUGCAUCAGUGGCUAGGUACAGAAAUUUCUUUUAAGCUCUUUAAAUACCAACAAUAUGAAGAUAAAAUACGUUUCUGUCAAGUUCUGUAGCAUAGCUGCUCUUAACCUCGAUCGCCUGGAUUUUGGAGGCGAGUUUUAUUUAUCGCUUAGUGCGCAAAUUUUUCUACGGGAUUUGAUUGGCUGUUGAACCACCAAUCCACUUAUCGCGAUUAUUUUAAUUCCUUUUAUUUUAAUUUAUUUUUACAAUUUAUUUUAAUAGAAUUAUCUACUUCCAUCUAAUGCUUGUAUUUGUUGAGUGAAUGAAGAGUUUUACUGAUAUUCCAUUUUAUAGCAAUGUAAAGGAGCUUAGUAACUUAUUAUGUUUCUUUAAAUUGUAUCCAGCUUGCAUUUUCCAUUUUUUUUUAUGAUUAUUAAUUUUAAUAUUUGACAACCUUAAAAAUUACUCAUUCCUUACCACUAACCUGUAAUAAUUGAUUUAUUAUAUUUUUAAGCCAUGCUUUGUUAAGAUUAUUAUUUUUGUGAUCAAAAUUCAUACAAAAUGAGUUGACUCAUGACUAGAGGCUUUGCUGGAAAUCCCAAAACAAAACAAAAACAAUAACUAUAAAAAAAGAGAAGAGAAAGAAAAUUGGUUUUAGUACACUGUAGACUGGAAUUAACUCAAAACAAAAGAAAACAAACACAAAAGGAAACAAAAACACCCUAAAAGUCAUCAAGGUUUCAUCCUUUAACCCAUUUGUGGUAAAGUCUUCACACACAGUUUUCUGUCAAAAAUUAGUGUUUGUCCUGUUGCACAUUAUGAACAAAUUAAUUAUCUCUGUCUAUUCUUCUGUGUGUUACCACAGAAAAAUGCUCUGCUAUCUUGGUUUAAACUUGGACCAUAAAUUAUCUAUUUGAAUUGAAUGUUUGAUAAGGUUUCAAAAUGUAGAAACAAAACCAAGGUAAUAUCACCGGACAUUCCCCAGUUUUUAGAUGAGCAAUAUUGGAUCACAGUAUAUACUUUAACCAAUCAUGCAUGAAGUAUAAGAACAUCAAAAUCUUUCAUUAUAUUUAACAAAAUGUAAUUGUGUUAUUCUUAGCAUGCCAGUAUUGUUGAUAGAUGAAGCAGAAUGUGAACAUCGGAUGGUCAUGAAAGAUUUAUGCUGUGACUGUGGUGCUGAUCUCAGAAAGUAAGUAUCUGCAGUAUAAACCUUGACUAUUUUUCCCAGCUGGUCACAAGCAAUUGCUUAGUCAUGUAGCAAUUUUUACUAAUAGCCUUGUAGAAAAUGGAAAUCAGCCUUAGUUUAUCAUCAGAAUGUGCGACCUUUAGAAAUGAAAAUACCUCUAGAAUGCUUUGUUUGAGAAGAAGAAAAAGCAGACAAAAUUUACACAAAAAUGGUCAUCAGUUUGUGGUUAUGCACUAUUAUAGAUCUACAUGUGCUUUAGUAAGCUAAAACUGACUGGUACCUUUCAAAUUUCGAAGCAAGAGUGAUUUUUCGUGGGCUUUCUGCUAAAUUUCAUGACAUUUGUCAGUUCUCUACACAUGCAAAUGUGGUGUCGUUUAGUUGUUCAGUUUCCACAAUGAAACAGUAGCAAACAAUGCUGUCAUUUCUGUUCAGUAACAAGAGGUCACACAGAGUGGCUGGUAAGCUUUAUAAGAAUUUUAGGGGUAAACAAAACAAAGGUUAUGUACUAGCGAUGGAAAAGCAGCCAAUAAUGCCAGAAAUAACCACCUUAACAACUCUAUAAUUGCCCCACAAACACGCGGGGACAAAGCUAGUCUUCAUCAUGAAAUUCUACUUGAAAUGUGUUCCAGACAACGGUUUAAAAGAAGCCUUGAAAAUAAAAUCUCUCAACAGUGUAAAAGUUCUGAAUUUGAGACGAUUAGAACACAAAUUCAGCUAGUUGAUGUGAUUCAAUUUCAUAGCAAUGCAAUUCGUUGCUGACACCACUGAUUUUCCAGCGAUAUGUCAUGUAAGUGACACCAAAGAUAUCACCCAAAAUUAAAGGGAGACCAGGCUAUGUUAUAAGCAGUUUGGAAAGGGCAUGGUCAAAUACAAUGCUUUUAAACAAAAUUUUACAUUGUUUUUUUCAACCUCUGAAACUAAAGGUGUAUCGUUCACAUUAUGAAUUUUUCGAUGGAGAAUGUUUCAUAGGCGUGAUGUACUGUAUGCUUUAGGAAAUGACAAAGUUGAGAAUGACCAGCCACCUGAAGCUGCAAAUGUGCUUUAUGAGUUUGAAAAGGUCCCUUACCUGUUGUGCUGAAAACUAGGGAGAAUUCUGAGUUGGUUAUGCCAUGAGAAAAAUUGUGAAAUAUUUCUGAGUUUAAAAACCAAUAUGGUUACUUGUCAUAAUUAUUUAAUAUGUCAGAAUGAUCAUAUAUACAUAUACUGAAUUGUUGAAAUGCAUAUCUUUAGGACUAAAUUAAGGAACCUAUAAUUUUACAUAGACUUUGUGUACAAGAAAAUGUGUCAAUCAUUCUGUCAGUGAGUGGAAAUUCAGAAAUUAAAUUAGCUUUUGAUCUUACAAGACAUUUUAUUAUGCAAUACAACUGUAUAUAGUGAAGUAAUGGUGACAACACAGUUUCUAAUGAUUCAUUUUGUAGACUUCGUGAAGAACAAGAUGAGCCAUCUUCCCCAACUUUGGCAUCUGUGCCACUUAUACAUAACAUUCCUGAGCUAAAAGUGAGCCAAGAGGUACGAGCUCAUUAUUUGUUAUGGUUGGAAAAUAGGAUUGUCGAUUUCUUUAUGAAUAAGAUUGUUUUUGUGGUGUGUUAGGCCUUUUUAAGGCCCCCCCCCCAUUUUGUCCUGAAGGAGACAGAGAUUUACUGGGAGUGUAAAGUGACUUGUACUCCCCUUCUGAAAAAAAAAGCUUUGAUCCUCAUUGGAUAAUUUAGCAGUUUGUGAAACUGAAAGAUUUUGAUCCUUCUAAUUAUUAUCAAUGGUUCAAUCUUUUUUCUAAACAUGGUACAAUUCCAUUUCAGGAGGCAGAAGCUUUGGGAAAAAAGGAUGAGGAGCGACUCCUUCAAACUCGCAAAUUGUCCCUUGUAGUGGAUCUGGACCAGACCCUCAUUCACACAACUAUGGAGCUGAUACCACAAGAUAUGGAGGUAUAAAUCUUAUUUCACAAAUAGUUAUAUAAAAUUGAUCUUCACAGGUAAACUGCAAUUGAAGUUGUCGCAGAGAAAAAAGGCUAAAAGAAAGAAAUCAGGUUUCAGUGAGGAUAGUACCUAGCAACCUGUGGGCCUGAGGGUUCCCAAUUCUCUGCUGAAACAGGGGAUAAAAUUAAGGGAGGCAUGCAGGUAUACAGGGGAUGUUAUUUGUUAAAUAGAAACAGACAUACCAAAAUUAUUAGGACAAAUUGUUCGGGGUUUUGAAUGUUCAUCCAGGCUGAGUUACUGACAGUCUCAAAUGCUACAAAGGUUGCUGGGUGAAUCUGCUGCUAAUAACAAGGGUCUUUUUUAGCAAAAGGAUUAUACUUAUGUCUUCCAGAUACCAGUUAAUUUGGUUUUAUCAAGUGAGUUGGUGAUGUAAAUUGGCUACCAUAAAGAGUUUGUUACUUUGGUUAUCAAUCGGUUACAGUGGCCAAUUUAGAAUACCAACUCAGGCAAUAAAACCAAAUUAUCUUGUUAUACUCCACCAACGCAGCACCAUAGUUUCUUUAGAGACUUACCCCUCUUCUCCCAGAUAUCAGUUGGGCACCACUACUAACUGAGCUAUGAGGCCAUAUGUUUGGAGGGUGAAAAAAUUUAUCUUUUGAAGAGUUACUGUCUUGAUUGUGUUUUCAUUCAGUGAUUUUCUCAAAAUCUCAGUGCUACUUUUUGACCAUACUGGAUGUAAAGUUGCGCCAAGUACCAUUAUAUCAAUCAUGUUUUCCUGUGAUUCAAUCCAGGUAUACUUUGUCUCCUUCGUUUUUUCAUUAGAUUAACAACUGAUUAUAAACUGUCGAUAUGUUUACAGGAUGUCCAUCACUUUCAACUACCUGAUCAGCAUGUGUGGUACCACACUAAGAUCAGGCCAGGAGCAGUGAACUUCCUGAACAGUGUAUCCAGUCUUUUUGAGCUGCACAUCUUCACCAUGGGCUCAAGAAUGUAUGCUCACACUAUUGCCAGAAUGUUAGACCCUACUGGAAAACUCUUUGCGCACAGGAUUCGUUCAAGGGAUGAGUGCUUUAAUGCAUUUUCCAAAUCUCAUGACUUGAGGUUAGAAAUCUUCCAAGUUAAUGCUUUAUCUGCUUAAAGCUAGAAUUUAUUUGUAUAACCUUUUGCAAUCACCUACAAGUAUAAAUCACAGUUGUUCAAAUUCAAUCGAGAAUUAAUGUAAGUGAAUUCUGGUCAGAGGCCUGGCAAGGCAUUUCAGGUGUGUGAAACUUUUCAGGUGUGGCAAACUUUAAAAUACCUGUGGCAUGUGUUUUGUUCACCUGUUAAGGGGCUCCUGGGACGAAAGGAAACAUUGACUUAUAGAAGAGCAGUGGGUAGGCUGAGACAACCCGGUACACACCCUCAGUCUGAGCCUGAAUCUUCGUUUAGCAUGCAACUUUCUUUCACGUUCAUUUCUAUCUUUUUUUUUUUCCUUUACCCAAAGUCGAGCCGGUUUUUAAAAUAGUACUUUGCUUUCUUAGCUGUUUCUGCUUCUGUUGGCUGUGAGAAAUAUUUUGGUCUUGCGAGGUUUCAAUAGUUUUUCCAUAGGCGGGCGCCGUCGGUUUAUAUUUAUGCGACUGUGGCCGUAAAAGGAGCCGGAAUGUGAACCCGGCUACGAGAGCCUUCUUGGCUAAACAGACGGCGCGAAGAGGUCUUAUAGGCCGCGGUAGACCGCGGUAUCGGUGAUAUGCGGUAUACCGUGGGAGUAUCGGUGGUAGACCGCCGAUAAUCAAAUUUAUUGAAACUCCUGCGGUCUGCCAGUAGGUCCGCCGUUUUUAACGUUAUGAUGGUACUUGAGCUACAUGAGAUGUCUACGUGAGCAGAAUUCGCGACUGCGAAUUGAUCACAACUAGUUCUCUGGAGAUAUUCGAAAAAUCCUGGUGUUCUAUAAAUGAUUUCAGAGAUAGAACAUCAGGAACUUGGCCUUAAAUGUGUAUGUGGGUAGCUUAAAGACUUCAUUUAAUAUCACAUACAGUGGCGAAUCUUCCCAACUGGAAUUCAAAGCAAAUUCUUAUAUCUGGUCAUAUUUCAGGGCAAUAUUUCCUUGCGGUGAUAACAUGGUUUGCAUAAUAGAUGAUCGGGAAGAUGUUUGGAAUUUUGCCGCCAACUUGAUUCGCGUCAAACCCUACCAGUUCUUCAAAGGAGUAGGGGAUAUUAAUGCCCCACUAGGUGGAUCUGCUCCAGUCACAGAAGAUACCAACCCCUUCGGAAAUCCUGGUAAUCGAAGUGAAACUACUACGGAUGAUGCAAAAAUCGAAGAGUCGAAUUCUCGGGACGACAACGAAGGUGGUGUUACGGAGCAGAAGAAAAAUGAUGCAGCGUUUGACGACAAUGGAGAGACAGAACGAAAAGUUGCUAAUCCGGAGACAAAGGAAAUUCAGAAAUUAGAUGAAGAUAUGCAAAUUUCCUCGGAUAGCAGUGAGCCUGUUAUUGAAGACAUCGAGCAGAACAAUAGUGAAAAGGCAAAGAUCACUGGAGAAGCAGUUGAAGAAAUAGGGACCUCAUCCAAAGUAGUGGAAAAUGGUGGAGGUGAUAGCGCGAGCAAUAAAAUUGUAAGAGAGGAGUCGACUGAAAUCCAGAAAUCGAGUGUAAAUACAAGAAACGGAAAACAGAAUUCCGAUGGAAAAGCUGGAAAUGAAUUAGAGCAGCGACCAUCUGAGGGAAGUGUUAGCACGUCAAGUAAAACUGAGUUGAAAGGUGAAGGAGGUGAGUGUCAGGUUUUCGUAGAGAUGUCUUGCAACCAAAUCUUAAGAAGAGUAGCAUUCUUGGAUUUUCUGGAAUUAACAGACAAAAUUAAUGAAAGCCUUUGGAUUCGUUGUGAAAAGGUCCUCUCGCGCAGUUUCAUUUUAGUCAUUUAUCUCUCAGUUUCGCUCGCUACAUUGUGAUCUCCAAAGAUGUGGAGUUCUUCUCCAACUUAACUUUUCUCAAAACAUUUCAUGUGACGUGAUAAAUCUAACGUGUUACGUACCUCCCCGAGUAAAAGAAUAUAUAUCCUCUCCUGGGAAGUUCAAUUCUGCCGUGAAUGAAAAGAACGUGAAUGAAAAAAAUCCGCAUAGAUCAUCCUAUGCCCUUGAUUUUUCGUAAAACUUCAUAACUGAGAAGCAGCCGGUUCAUCCUUCAACCCCCAGAAGUGAUUUGCACUUAAAUUCUCCCUUAAAUAUACAUACAUCAUCCAUCAAACGUAUAAUGAGAAUACUUAAAUUUAUCAGAUAGAAUUUAUUAUCUUGAUCCGACACCAAAUUCUCUUGACUAAUUUAAAAGAUGUGUAGAAGCUAGAAGGGAGAAUUGACAAUCAGAUUGUUGGAGUAAAGAGUUAAAACUGAGUUUUAUUGUUAUGGCAACAAGGAACACUUUUGGGAAUGUGAAACAUAUGAACCAUAGAGGUUUCUUAACGAGUUUGGUUUGUGAAUUUGAGCAAAAGAAGUCAGGUUGAGAAGCGUCAUACAACUCUAUGUGCAGUUGAUGGCAAUUUUCCGGAAAGUUAGUUGAAACAGCGAGAGGAGAUGAAAAUACGAGAUGCUUUCUCUAUAGAAAUGAAAUAGAAUAAAACUAGGCUAUGUUAUGUUCAAAUUUGCUGCAUAUAAUCAGAAUUUUCAAGACACACUUUGUUUCUAAUAAUCAUAGGAUCAUUGUCUGUAGUUCAAUCACUGCGUAUGUUAAUUAUAUUUUGUACAGUAUAUCCAAGCGUUCACAAUGGUGUUACUUUGAUUUUAUUUACAUGCAAAACGUUCCAGACCAAACGAAAAUCAAGAAAUCACGGCAGCAAGCUUACGCGUUUGGUGAUGGGGACGACGAUUACCUCCUCCACCUGGAGGACAUUUUACGUCGAAUACACGAUGUUUAUUACAAAACUGUAGAAAGUGUUCAAUCGCAGGCUCAAGAAGAGGUGAAAAACAAUCCUAACAUUUUAAAAUAUUGUACACCAGGAACAUCGACUCCGGAUACGAAGAUGAUAAUGACCGAACUACGCCGGGAUGUACUUCGGGGAGCUAAUGUAGUCUUUACUGGAGUUAUUCCUACAUCGACAAUACAAGAAGACAGUCAACCAUGGCGCGUUGCACGCGCCCUAGGUGCUAACGUUAGUAAUGCGAUCGUUACACCCAAAGAUACAAACUCUAUCGGUGACGUAACCACCCACGUGAUCGCAGGUCGUUUAGGGACAGAGAAAUCGUACCGAGCGGUAAAAUCCCGCGGGAUAAAGGUAGUGAAUCCCGGUUGGUUGUUCUGCUGUUUUGAACGCUGGGAGAAGGUGGAUGAGCGUUUAUUUCCAGUUGAAGGCUUAGAGAAAUACAAGCAACAGGUCCGGGAUCAUGGCACACCUCGCGGGACACCUGGAGAAAAUGCAGAUACAAGAGCAGUUGAAAAAGCGAUUUUGGACUUGGAUGUUGUUGAUAAGGAAAAUGUGGUCACUAAAUCAAGAUCUGAUUCGGCAAGUAGUGCGGAUCUUCUUAUGUCUACCUUGAACCCCUUGUUAUCAUUUUCGCCGUCGGAGGUCGAAGCUAUGGACAAAGAAGUCGAGGAUCUUAUGAACGACAGCGACGAGGAGAGCGAUUUGAUAGGAAGUGUGUCAGAAUCGAGCAGUCCUUCUGAUUCCGAAAAAUCAGAAUCAACGAGUAAGCGAAAGCGAGAGAAGGAAAGAGACUCGCCGGAGGAUGAUGAUGAGUUGGCAGGCAAGAAAGUGAAACUUGAUGAUGACGAUGAUGAUGGACAAAAUGAAGGGGAUGAAGAAAAAGAUUCUGAUAAAGUUUCAAGUAGCCUUGAUUCUGACGAUGAUUACACUCGCCGCUCGACACCAAGUGACGAUGAAGAAGAUAAUGAUAUGGCGGCCAUGUUAGAUGCAGAGUUGUCUCAUUCUUGAGUAACGUUAGCUUACUGUGUAAAUUUGAAGAACUGUUUUUGAUUGAGUGCCAAAAAUUAUGGGAUUCUUUUGGGUUUGCUUUACUUCGCACUUUGAUCGGUCCAAAAAAUUCACGCUACUCCUCUUAACCAAUCAAAUGCAAAACUAAAAUCAACCGCGACUUGGUCGCCCGCUUUUUCCGCGUCUCAGUCAGUUUGCUUGGUUUUACUUUGAGUUUUCAUGGCCUCUCAAAGGCAGCGGUUGGCUUUUGUGGUUACUUUGGUUUUGGUUUUUCGACACUCAAUCGAAAACCGUUCUAUAAUUCGGGAAUGCAUUUGUUUUGCAUCACUACGCUGUGUUAUUUUUUAGAGAAUCACACCACUUUCACAACCAAUCAGAUGCCGGUAAAACUAAAACCAUGGCUCUUCUAUAUGAUGACGUCAUUUACUGAAAAUCCGCGUCAAGCUUCGUUUCCACCGGCAAAAAUUGUUGAGAAUCCUUUCUCUCCUCUCGCUUGGUUUUGUGGCCAAGAUUGAUUGGUGCCAACAGGAAAAGUCGUUAUUAUAAUCUGAGGACGUAAUGGUACUAUAUUGAAAUCCAUAAGCUGUAAACCAUGAAUAUUGCACAAUCGUAAACGAAAACGUUUCCAUUUUUCCUUCUUCGUCAAAUAAAAAAUCAGCGGAGUGUAAAGAAACAGAGUUACUCAUCACAGAAAUAUGUAUAUUUUUAGUUAUCCAGUUAUUUUACUCGAGAUGUCACGAGUAUCCAUAAACUAACUUUAACGUCUUAAAUAUUUUCAUUGUCAAAUGUAUGUUGUGUAAACUUUUCGAAGAGUGAGUCAAAACCUGAAAAAAAACCUUCAGAUUACAUCCAUAUAAUAGUACCAGAAAGGGUUGAUUACAAUGGGGUCAAUGACGCGACUCGUGUGACAUGACAAAUUGCGUGACAUCCCGUGACAGGAGCUUACAUGUUGGAUUGAUGAGUGACAUUAGUUAACACUAUUUACUAG